AAGUUGCUUUACAGAUUUUGAGUUCACUCCAUCACUUGCACAAUUUAGCUAAUCCUUUUCUUCUGCUCAUCUUAAGUCAAUCUGUGGGUUUGUUCGUGGGUUUUUUCCUUGCAAAAAUUACCACAGCAAAGCACUUGUCGAGUGCUUAUUGCCAAUUUCCAUUUCAUUUGGUUUCAGAGAGCACUGAGUUUAAGAAGUUUAAUGAAGAUGUUAGAAAAGAAGAUGGAAAAAAUUAACAUUGAUAAAGUGAUAGAAGAAUUUGAAGCAAUUACGAAAGAUGCUGAGAGAGUCCAGAUAGAGACCCUCAAGAAGAUUCUGGAAGAGAAUGGCUGUGCAGAGUACUUGCAGAAUCUGGGUCUCAAUGGACUAACUGAUCCAGAGAGUUUCAGAGAUUAUGUUCCCAUUGUUACUCACAAGGAGUUGGAACCUUAUAUUCAAAGAAUUGCAGAUGGAGAUUCUUCCUCUGUUCUCACCAGAAAGCCCAUAACGACCAUAUCACUGAGUUCGGGUACUACUCAGGGAAAGCCGAAAUAUCUACCAUUCAAUGAUGAUCUGAUGGAGAACACCUUGCAGAUAUAUAGAACUUCCUUUGCAUUUAGAAACAGAGAGUUCCCUACUGUGGAUGGGAAAGCCCUGCUGUUCAACUUUAGCGGCAAGCAGUCCAGAACAAAGGGGGGUUUGGCUGCUGGGACUGCCACAACAAAUCUCUUUCGCAGUUCAUGCUACAAAAAUGCAGUACGGGCAAUGAAGUUCAAUUGCUGCAGCCCUGAUGAAGUGAUAUUUGGUUCUGACUUCCACCAAUCAUUGUAUUGCCAUCUCUUAUGUGGGUUAAUCGUCCGUGAAGAAAUUCAGUUUGUGUUCUCUACAUUUGCCCAUAGCAUCGUCCUUGCAUUUCGAACCUUUGAACAAGUCUGGGAAGAGCUUUGUGAUAAUAUACGUGAUGGGAUGCUCAGUAGCCGGGUCACUGACCCUUCCAUAAGAAAUGCAAUGUCACAAGUGCUUAAGCCAAACUUUGAAUUGGCUGAGCUAAUCCAUAAAAAAUGCUCAGGAUUGAGUAAUUGGUAUGGAUUAAUACCUGAACUUUUUCCUAAUGUGAAGUAUGUCUAUGGGAUAAUGACUGGGUCAAUGGAGCCUUAUUUGAAGAAGCUGAGGCACUACGCAGGUGAUAUACCUUUGUUGAGUGCUGAUUAUGGUGCUACAGAAGGGUGGAUUGGAGCAAACGUCAAUCCAAAGCUGUCUCCUGAGUCGGCUACUUUUGCUGUGCUGCCUAACAUUGGAUAUUUUGAAUUCAUUCCUCUCGGGGACAAUGUUGAGAAUAUCUACACAGAGCCUAAGCCAGUGGGUUUGACUGAAGUCAAGAUUGGAGAAGAGUACGAGAUCAUUGUCACCAAUUUUGCAGGUUUGUACAGGUACAGACUAGGAGAUGUCGUGAAGGUUAUGGGAUUCCAUAACUCAACCCCAGAACUUAAAUUUGUAUACAGGAGGAGCUUACUACUCACUAUAAACAUCGACAAGAACACUGAGAAAGACUUACAGCUAUCUGUGGAAGAAGCAGCCAGAUUGUUAGCUGAAGAGAAACUUGAACUUGUUGAUUUCAGCAGUAUAGUGGACCUAUCCACAGACCCCGGCCACUAUGUGAUCUUCUGGGAAAUUAAUGGGGAACCAACCGAGGAAGUCUUGCAAGAGUGUUGCAAUUGCUUGGACCGAUCUUUCCUCGACGCAGGUUACAUUAGUUCACGCAAGAUCAAUGCCAUUGGACCACUUGAGCUCAGAGUGGUUCGCAGGGGAACCUUCCAGAAGAUUCUAUAUCAUUAUCUGGGAUUAGGAGCUGCUGUUAGCCAGUUUAAAACCCCACGGUGCAUCGGCCCCGCAAAUAAUGUGGUGCUGCAAAUCCUGAGCAGCAAUGUUGCCAAGACCUACCGCAGUAAUGCCUUUUAAGUGAAUAUAUGUGAAAACUGUUGUUUGAUCAUUUACUUCUAUAAUAGUUCAAUCUGCUUGGGAAUUAUAUAUGAUAUUUCCAUUCUGCUUA